AGUGCCACGUAAGGACAUGAAGAACAGCAGUGGAAGAAGAGCAAGGGAAAAAAGAAGGAAAGAGCGAGAAGUUGCUCAAAACGCUACAUUGUCGCACGAAGAUCAUUUUGUGAAUUUGAGAAGAUGGCUUAAAGAGAGAGGCUUCAACUCUCGAUCUCUAAUUCCAGCCAGCUUCACAGAUACAGGAAGGGGUCUAAUGGCUACACGACCAAUUAAGGCCGGCAAUAUACUUAUUUCCUUACCCGAGACGUGCUUGUUGACUACAAGUACAGUUUUGAAAAGCUACAUGGGGGAAUAUAUAAAAAGAUGGAAGCCCCCAGUAUCUCCUCUACAGGCUUUGUGUUCCUUCCUUAUCGCUGAGAGACACCAUGCAGCUGCAUCUGCAUGGAGCCCUUAUAUUAAAGUCCUCCCUACGUCUUAUACGUGUCCAGCCUACUUCUCAGAUGACAUCCUGGACCUCCUGCCCUGGGGAAUCCGCAAAAAGGCGUCGGGGCAAAAGGAGCGGGUUCGGGAGCUUUACCUCUACUCGCGGCCGUUCUUCUCGUCACUCCAGCCUCUCUUCUCGCUGCCUGUGGAGGACUUGUUUACCUACGAUGCCUUUCGGUGGGCAUGGUGCAGCGUGAAUACACGUACCGUGUAUAUGGAGCACGCCCAGAGCGACUGCCUUUCAAGAGAGGGGAACGACUAUGCGCUGGCGCCAUAUUUGGACCUUCUGAACCACUCUCCUAAUGUGCAGGUAGAAGCAGGCUUCAAUAAGGUAUCUCGAUGCUAUGAGAUCAGAAGUAUACAAGGCUGCAGAAGAUUCCAGCAGGCUUUCAUCUGCUACGGUCCCCAUGACAACCAGCGACUCCUUCUGGAAUAUGGCUUUGUUGCACCUGGCAACCUACACCGUGUGGUCUAUGUUGACGUAGGUGCUCUGAUGUUGUGUCUCCACAAAGGAGACAAACAGCUACAACAGAAGCUGCUUUUUCUGGAGGAAAAUGGCUUUUUAAGUGACCUGACCUUUGGAGCAGAUGGGCCAUCGUGGCGGCUGAUGACGGCACUCAGAUUACUGUCACUGAGGCCGGAACAACAUGCCAGCUGGAAGAGCGUCCUCUUAGGGGCAGCAGUAAGCCAGGAUAGGGAGGAGUGGUGUGUUCACAAAGCCCAAACGCUCUGGCAGCGUCUCAGCGAUGACGCCACCGAUGCACUGAAGAAGUUAGCUGAGCUCACAGACUCUGCUGACCAGGCUCGAAUGGAACAGCUUGUUGUGGUCGAGAGUCUGAGACGAGAGGAGCAAGAGAUUCUCGAACGUGCCAGAGACGUUCUCAGAAACCUACUGCCUCAGCCACCGUCAUGGCAACAGGACGGCUUUCAGAACACGGGACGCUAAAGGAGCCAAAGAAUACUGACACUACGCUGGAUAUGCCAAGAGAUGCGGGACUUUGGCCAAAUCUGAGCAAAGGCAGAGAGAUGUUUCUUGGCAUGCACAAUGGGCCCGUCCCCGGUCACUCAGAGGCUGGGAGCCCGAGCUGGCCCAAGCUCCACUGGGUUUACAAACUUCACGACAGGAACGGGAAACAACUGAGCCCUCCGCUCAACAUCGGCAUGCUAGUGCGGAGUCUUCCUCUGUAAGAGGGAAGACUCGGAGAACGAGGGCGUAUAAAGACAAGAAAGGCUCUCUUACAGUUCAGCACUGGGCGUGCGAGUAAGCACAAGGUUUAUGCGUUCAUGUGAAAUACAGGAGAGCUGUUGGAGAUGGCACUUCACAGCAGAGAAAGCACUCAAACUAGGGGAGAGGAGACAGCAGUUGGAGACAGGGGGGUGUAACAACUGUUCUUAGAUCAGUUGCAGGCUUUAGGGUAGCUUCCACAAGGAGCCUUCCAUAAUUUAGGAGACAGACCCACUGGUUCUACAAAUACAUUUUACAUGUGAAGAAACGUGAUCCUGACAGCAGUGUUAUGAACAGAUCAACCUGGUGAGACAAGUAUUUGUUCUCAGUUUGUUACAUGUAUGAGGGUCAUGUCAUCAUCUUGAAAUGUUUAAUAUAAUGCAUCGGUUUUCCCAAGUUUUAUAAAAAAGAAUCUAACAGUUUGUUGUUCAUUUAUUUUUGCCUUGACUCACAGUACCAUGUCCUACCAGGCUGCGGCUUUUCUACUGAACAAGGUAUCUGAGGGAACAUUACAUGGAAAUGAAUUGGCACCAAACUACUUGAUCUCUUGUACUUUUUCUUUAUACCUUGAUCGAUACUAAAAUCAAAACGAAACUGUUAACACUGACCACUAUACAUUUUUUUUUUUUAAUAGAAAAUUGUUUGGAAAGAAUGACUGCGUUGCCCAUAAGGAAGAACGAGAAAAUUUUUUUUUAAUUCAUUUAGUGUAACAAAUGUGCAUGCGAACAUGUUGCUUUAAAAAAGUUGGCAUACUUGUCACUACUCAUUUUACAAUGAAACAGAAUUUCUAGUUCCAAAACCUUUAAAGCUUCACCACCACCCG